AUGCCUAGGGACCCCCUUCUUCGAGUCCCUCGCCAAAAACCUCCUACAUCCAUGGACAAUUUAUUCCGGCGUGCGAGUAAAUACUCCAUGCUAGAGGACGACGUCCGAGCCGCUACACAGCAGGUCCUGGUAGCUGGCCAAGUCACGAGAAGCGAAGCCACCAGAAGCUUCAAAGCACCCAACCAUCCUGGGUUGUCCAACAGGGGACAAGAUGAGCGGUGCCCGCCACUCAUUCAAACACAUCUCACCAAGUCGUACGAAAAACUGCUUCCUAUAAACCGCGAUCUGCCCGGCUUCAGAUGGCCAGUACCAAUAAGAUCGAACCCCUCAGAAAGGGACCGCAACAAAAGAUGUGAUUACCAUAAAGAUCAUGGGCACACCACUAAAACAUGUAGAAGCCUCCAUUACAUGGUGGAGGAUCUCCUAAAGGCGGGACACUUGAAGCAGUACGUCCGAAUAGUGCCUAAAGGUGAAGGAUCUUCCCAUGGUCGAGGCCCACACGCCCCAGCGGCUCCUGUUAGGGCAGUAAUCAACUACAUACACGGAGGACCCUUGGAUGACGAGUACAGCUCCAAAAGGAAAAGGUAG